AUGUCCCUCCUGCGAUGCAGCCACCAGCUCGGGCGCUCGUUCGCAAGAUGCCUGUCGUCGUCCUCGCGCUGUGCCACGCACCCCACCAAGCCCCUUGAUCCUCCCAUCGACGCGGCUCAUUCUCCCAUCUCUUCCCAUCCCCACCCAGCACCCGGGGCACCCGGGGCACCCUCGACCUCACGCCCAGCACCCGCCACACCGUACACAUCCCCUUUCGACUCGCACGCACCGCCGACCGCUUCGACCAGUCAGGCUGGCUCGUACCCGCAUUCUCAAGCGCCCCCCUCCCCGUCGACCCACUUUGGCUUCAAGGAUGUGCCCGAACAACUCAAAGAAUCACUCGGUAGGCGAUGUAUCGUCCACAUCUCGUCGCGAAACCACGCUAAUGGUCUCUGCCUCUGUACACAGUCAAGGGCGUCUUUUCCUCCGUCGCGUCCUCGUACGACGUCAUGAACGACGCCAUGUCGCUCGGGAUCCAUCGCCUAUGGAAGGACCACUACGUCGCCAAGAUGGACCCACGCGACGGCAUGCGAUGCCUCGAUGUCGCCGGGGGCACGGGUGACAUUGCGAUGCGCUUGUUGGACCAUGCGAGAACCAAGUACGCCGAUCGGGACGUGCACGUCCAUAUCCUUGAUAUCAACCCCGAGAUGCUCGACGAGGGGAGGAAGCGGUUCGCCAAGAGCAUGUACGAUGGAGGUGAGUUUAUCCCAGUCGUAUGCGUGAGAUUGCCCGAGGUCUGAUUCACUCUUUUGCGCUUCUUCUCAGGGCCCCAAGUCUCUUUCACACUCGGAAACGCCGAAGAACUUUCCACCAUCCCGGACAAUUCGAUUGAUCUCUAUACGAUCGCUUUCGGGAUCCGCAACUGCACCCACAUCGACCGAGUACUCGAACAAGCCCAUCGAGUACUCAAACCCGGUGGAGUGUUUUCCUGCCUCGAGUUCAGCAAGGUCUCGAACCCUCUGUUGGCAAAGUGAGCUCCUGACUUUUGCUCCGCACACUGGAAAAACAAGUCCGCGCAAAGCUGAGCAUUUCUCCCUCCUUGCAGAGCUUACGAACUCUAUUCCUUCCAAGUGAUCCCGACCUUGGGUCACGUCAUCGCCUCGGACCGAGACUCGUACCAAUACCUCGUCGAGUCGAUCGAACGCUUCCCGCCCCAAGCGAGAUUCUCCAAGAUGAUCGAGGAGGCCGGGUUCACUGUCCCCCGGAGGGAACCGUGGGAGGAUCUGACUUUCGGUAUCGCGGCAAUUCACACGGGGGUCAAACUCUGA